UGCCCUUCCCUUCCCUGCCCGGCCCGGCCCGCCCCACGCGGGCGGCGCCUCAGCGGGGCGGCGCCUGGGCUCGCCUCAGCCGGGCUGGCACUCGGCGGCGGCUGGGAGCGGAGCGGGGCUGUGGCAGCCCCGGGCCAUGCAGGAUGCUGCCGGGCCCCGCAGCCCAGCGGCCGCCGCCGCUGCUGUGGCCGGCGGAGCCCCCCUGGGGCUGGGCGGUGCCGGCGGCCGCCGCGGGGCUGCUCCGGCUCGGUGGGGCUGCCCCCCAUCCCCAUCCUCCUCCUCCUCCUCCUCCGCCACCGCUGCUGCUGUCCGCGCCGGGCUGGCACGUCCCCUGCGAGCCGCUGCUGCCGCUGCUGCCCGCCGAGCACCGGCACCACCGCCGGCAGCUGCUGCCCGGGCAGUGGAUAUUCGGAGGCCAUCAUUCUCCCGUCAUAGGAUUUUCGCCGUCGUCGGGUGUGGAAUUUGUGCCUCUCUUUCCCCCUGUGUACGCAUCCACGGUGCCGCCUCACGCUGGGAAGAACUGGAUGGAUAAAAGGCUGCCGAGCUGCAAAAUAUACUUAAAUAAUGCAUUUGCUCUGGACUCAGCAUGGAUACAUCCUGAGGAAUCAAGACUCUUCCAGGGAAAUGAGAAGCCUCUAUUAAUGACAAAUCAAGUAGCUAUGGCUAUAGCCAGGCCAGCUACUGCCUCCAGGCCUCUUCCCACAGUGGUGUUGGCACCUCAGCUGAUACCAGGUGGUUGCCAGAAUAGCCUUAAACCCGUCAGCAGCAAUCAAACCCUCGCGUUGGCCGCAGCGGCCACUGCAGCGAUGAUGUCCGUGGAGUCUGAAGGCCCUCAAGGACCUUCACCUCCGAGCAUCCAACCCUGCCACGUGCUGACCUUCUCACCUAUCAAAAUUCCAGUGUUGACUUCGCCUUUUCCAGGUUCUGCCUCCAGAGUGGAUGCUCAUCUGAGUCCUUUGAUGCCAACGCAAGUCGCCAGGGUAACUGCUGUGUCUGCACCAGCUGUGACGUUCAUGACAGCCAACCUGAUGGAUCAGGCAUUCACAGGUACCGGGAAGGAAUCCAGCCGGCCCUCCUGCCCGCCAGCCUUGAUUUUGCACGCCGACAGAAAAAGCGCGCCCGUGGAGCGGGAUGGCGACAAGGAUCAUUCUUUUAAACUAGUAAAUGAGGAUGACAGUUCUGCAAAUGGCAACAAGCCCGUGGCAUCCACUCCAGUGCCAGGAUCACCAUGGUGUGUAGUCUGGACUGGAGAUGACCGGGUCUUCUUCUUCAACCCUACAAUGCAGCUAUCGGUGUGGGAGAAGCCGCUGGACUUGAAGCACCGUGGCGACAUCAACAGAAUCAUCGAGGACCCGCCGCACAAGCGCAAGCUGGAGGCCGCAGCAACAGAUAAAAGUGUUAGCUCUUGUCCGGGAGAUGAAAAUGAUGAUCUUAGCAUCAAAAUAAAGAGAAAUAAAACAGAAGAUUCCCAAGCCGCUGACCAGGCGGAGGCAGAAGUGGAGGAGCAAAAAGCGAAGGCAUCAGGACACCAGAUCACACCUCCCCUGGAGGAGCGCAUCACGCAUUUCCGAGACAUGCUGCUGGAGAGAGGGGUUUCAGCAUUUUCUACAUGGGAGAAAGAGUUGCACAAAAUAGUAUUUGAUCCACGAUACCUUCUGCUAAAUUCAGAAGAACGUAAACAGAUAUUUGAACAGUUUGUCAAGACCAGGAUAAGAGAAGAGUACAAAGAAAAGAAAAAUAAAUUGUUGUUAGCCAAAGAAGAAUUUAAAAAACUCCUCGAAGAAUCCAAGUUAUCACCAAGAACGACAUUUAAGGAGUUUGCAGAGAAGUACGGAAGGGAUCAGCGGUUUCGGCUUGUUCAAAAGAAGAAGGACCAAGAGCAUUUUUUCAAUCAAUUCAUACUUAUUCUUAAAAAGAGGGACAAAGAAAACAGGAUAAGGCUACGGAAAAUGAGAUAAAAGCUCUUGAAACUGGCAAUAAGCACAGAAGUCAAUGCUGUGACUGCGGUAAGAAAAUAAAUGAACGCUAAAGCAAAGGUUAAACUUGCAACAGCUGAACGAAGAAGUGGCUAUCCCCGGGAAAAACUUCCUCUAACGACGUUUGUUGAACACGCGUAGAAGUUGUGAAGGCUGUUCUGCAGGAGUCUGAAGGAUAUUUUGUUCUCAAAGAAUUAAUGUUUCAUAUUGAAGCUCUCUUUUGUACAACAUCCAGAGUUUGAUGCAUUUCUAAUUGCCAGGAUAUGUCAAUCCCUUAAUUGUUUUAAUUAUGCAAAUUACUUGUAAUAUACACAAAUUAUGAAUCCAGUGCAGAUUUGUAAUUAAGCAGAAGCAGAUGCCAUCCAUAACAACCUCAAGAUAUUUUCAUCAUUUAGGGGAAUUAUCUAUCGCAAUCUUUUGGCAACUUUACGCAUUAUCAUAAAUUGUUUAGAAGUACAGUGGUAUGCAGGGAUUCAUUACCCAGUGUUCACACGUCUAUGUCCAGUUCUCUGAGUAGUAGUAAUAAGAUAUUAAUUGUUAAUCUUAGUGAAGAGUGUGAAAAUCUUGGCAUAUGUUCCAUAGGAAAACUCUAAGUUUCAGAACUAGCUCUCUAAUUCCUGUGAACGGUGCUUUCAGGCACACGAGUGGUAGCAGCACUUCUCCGUCAGAGUUCCUAUCAAGCAGUUAUUUUGUAAAACCAUCACAGUAUGAUUUGAAUUAUGUUCCUGUAUGUGGAAAGUCUGCAUGAGAUUUUUCUCAUCAUCUUUGUAUGAAUAAAUAUUUAACUUUUUUAAUUAAUAAUAAAUAUUUUAAGCCAACUUUCAGGGGUUUUUAAGUUUCUAAACUUUUGGAAGUACUGGGUGAAAUAAUGCAGGGCUCAAUCGUUUCAACUUGAGAGGGAGAAAGCCAUGGAGAGCUUUUUUUGCUUAUUUGUAUGCAGAUUUCCACUGAUGCCAGUUGGCCUUCUGGAGCAUACUGAGAGCAAAGGCGGCCCCUCUGCCUGUGAAGAUCAGAUCUCAUGGCUGGAGGAAAUCAGCACAGCUCCGCACCAACCUCCAGCGUGUCCCUUCUCUUUCCAGUACGGGGAGGACAGACUCUCCUCUUCCAUCUGUGAUCAUAAUCAUUUUCUCAGUUGACCUCAUUUUUAAGUUAUUAUUCAUUAGAUUGAUGGAUUUAUAUUUUGUAGGAGCAAUUAUAACAUUUUCUCCUACGAA